CCCCUCCAUUCCUUCCUCGCCUGGUGCAUGGAACUAUCUCCUGAGUGCGGCAAGUUGUAGCGGGCACAGCGGAGCCUCUUUCCCUUUGGGACACUUCCUUAUCUGGAAGCUGAGUUAAGUUUCUUUCGAACUACAGCGCUUCGCGCCGUUACCCUGUCCUGAGUAAGGAAGCAGCCGCCAAGCAUCAGCAGAGCCCCGAUGAGCCAGAGCCACAGAGCCGUUUAGCAGUCUCCCGGGACCCAGCUCCGGAGGAGCCGAAAGCAUGCACCCUGGGUUGUGGCUGCUCCUGGCUACAUUGUGCCUGACCGAGGAACUGGCUGGAGCGGGAGAGAAGAAGUCCCAUGGACAGCCAUGCGGGGGUCAAGACUGCAGUGGGGGCUGCAAGUGCUUUCCUGAGAAAGGAGCAAGAGGGCGACCCGGUCCCAUUGGAAUUCAAGGUCCGACGGGUCCUCAAGGAUUCACUGGCCCUACCGGUUUAUCAGGCUUGAAAGGAGAAAGGGGCUCCCCAGGCCCUCUGGGACCAUAUGGACCAACAGGAGAUAAGGGUCCCAUGGGAGUUCCUGGCUUCCUUGGCAUCAAUGGGAUUCCGGGCCACCCUGGACAGCCAGGCCCCAGAGGUCCUCCAGGCCUGGAUGGCUGUAAUGGAACUCAAGGAGCUGUUGGAUUUCCAGGCCCUGAUGGCUUCCCUGGGCUUCUCGGACCACCUGGGCUUCCCGGUCAGAAAGGUUACAAAGGUGAACCUGCUAUUGAUCCAGGCAGUUUCAAAGGAAUGAAGGGGAAUCCCGGAUUGCCCGGACUGGAUGGAAUCACCGGCCCACAAGGAGCACCAGGAUCUCCUGGAGCUGCAGGACCCAUGGGAUCACCAGGAUUACAAGGUCCCCCAGGACCCCCUGGUUUCCCGGGCCCUGAUGGUAAUAUGGGGUUAGGUUUCCAAGGAGAGAAAGGAGUCAAGGGGGAUGUUGGCCUCCCCGGACCUGCAGGACCACCACCAUCUACUGGAGAACUAGAGUUCAUGGGACUUCCUAAGGGGAAGAAAGGAUCAAAGGGUGAAGCGGGGCCUCAAGGUAUACCAGGCAUACCUGGACCUCCAGGGUUUCCAGGAUUUGGAACCACUGGAGAAAAGGGAGAAAAAGGAAUCCCUGGUUUGCCAGGACCCAGGGGUCCCAUGGGUUCAGAAGGAGUCCAGGGUCCUGCAGGGAAACAGGGCAAGAAGGGGACAUCAGGUUUCCCUGGGCUAAAUGGACUCCCAGGAAUUAAGGGUGAAAAGGGUGCCAUCGGCCUGCCAGGCCCUGACAUUUUCAUCGAUGUAGAUGGCGCUGUGAUCUCAGGUUAUCCUGGAGACCCUGGUGUGCCAGGCCUCCCAGGCCUUAAAGGAGAUGAAGGCAUCCAGGGACCACGUGGGCCUUCUGGUAUCCCAGGCCUCCCAAGCUUGCCAGGUAUUCAAGGCAUCCUAGGGCCUCAGGGAUCGCCAGGCCUCAAGGGAGACCAAGGAAACCCAGGCCGUACCACAGUUGGGGCAGCUGGCCUCCCUGGCAGAGAUGGUUUGCCAGGCCUGCCAGGCCCACAAGGCCCACCUGGCCCACCUGGUCCAUCAUUUGGAACUGGAACCCUACACAGAGCAGAGCCAGGUUUCCCUGGCCUCCGAGGAGAACAAGGUCUGAAAGGAAACCCAGGACUCAAGGGAGUAAAAGGGGACCCUGGCUUUUGUGCUUGUGAUGGUGGUGUUCUCGACAUUGGACCACCUGGGGAACCAGGCCAGCGUGGGCCACAAGGUCUCAUGGGCCCUCCAGGAGUUCAAGGAACCAGAGGCGAUCCUGGCUCCAGAGGCACACAGGGUCCAGCAGGGGCCCCAGGUUCACAUGGGCCACCGGGUCCUGCAGGCUCCAAGGGAGAGAAAGGGGAGCCGACUCUCAGUACACAAUCAGGAAUGCCAGGGGAGAAGGGUGAUCCUGGCCCCCGGGGAUUCCCUGGUGUGACAGGAGCCCGAGGCGAGGAUGGCGCACCAGGCUUGCCAGGUUUACCAGGCCUCCCGGGCGAUGGUGCACAAGGGUUUCCAGGUGAAAGGGGAUUUCCAGGACUGCCCGGUGAAAAAGGUCAACGUGGUCCAAUCGGCCUCCCAGGGAUUGGGCUCCCAGGACUUCCUGGACCUCGUGGGCUUCCUGGAGAUCAAGGAAGAGAUGGAUUACCAGGGAAGCAAGGCCUCCCUGGGCCUCCAGGAAUCACCUUGCCUUGUAUUACUUCUGGAUUAUAUGGCCCAUCGGGAUCUUCUGGAGCACCUGGAUUCCCAGGCCCUAAGGGGACCCAGGGCCUCCCUGGGACUCCAGGCCAGCCUGGAUUACGUGGAAAUAAAGGAGAGCCAGGAAACCCCGGAUUGGUUCAUCUCCCUGAACUGCCAGGAUUUCCUGGACCGCGUGGGGAGAAGGGCUUGCCUGGGUUUCCUGGGCUCCCUGGAAAAGAUGGCUUGCCUGGGAAGGCUGGCGGUCCAGGUUUACCAGGUUCCAAGGGAGUCCCUGGUGACAUCUUUGGUGCUGAAAAUGGUGCUCCGGGCAAACAAGGCCUCCAGGGAUUGCCAGGGGACAAAGGAGUUUCUGGAGACUCUGGCCUUCCAGGACCCAAGGGUUUGCAUGGGAGGUCUGGCUUGCCAGGUCCCAAAGGCGAGCGGGGCAGCCCUGGAUCACCAGGACUCAUGGGCCAGCCAGGACCCUCGGGGUCUGGUGGUCUGUAUGGCAUCAAGGGCAAAUCGGGACUCCCAGGAGCACCUGGCUUUCCAGGCAUUGCAGGACAUCCUGGAAAGAGAGGUCCGAAAGGUGAGACAGGUUACCCUGGCGCAACUGGAAAGAGAGGCCAGCCUGGGCUCCAAGGCCAUUCUGGAUCUCCCGGGGCAGCCGGCCUCCUGGGGAGCCCAGGGUUGCCAGGGGACACUGGCUUGCCAGGCCUCCUGGGCCCGAAGGGCGAGAAGGGGUCCGUUGGACUGGUCGGUUUCCCAGGGGUUCCAGGUCUUCCUGGUAUUCCUGGUACAAGUGGACUAAAGGGAAUUUCGGGAUCACCUGGGAAGUUGGGAGCAUUCGGACAGGCUGGUGGUCCUGGUGAAAAAGGUCACAGGGGUGAUCCAGGGCCAGCCGGAAUACCAGGCUCAAGAUUUCCAACGCUCAACAUUUUGCUCAAAGGUGACAAAGGCUCUCAGGGCUCAGCUGGCUCCAGUGGAUUUCCUGGCCUCAGAGGAGACAAAGGAGAGACUGGACUCCCUGGGCUGCCAGGCCUGCCUGGAACUCGUGGCCUGCCCAGCACCAUCAAAGGGCUUCCCGGAAAUCCAGGCCCUUCUGGUUCCACAGGACUGCCAGGUUUACCUGGUCUGAAAGGGUCUCGGGGAAUUAUGGGUUUCCCAGGAAUGCCAGGAAAAAGUGGUUCGCAGGGUCUCAAUGGGACCCCUGGACUCCCUGGAUCACCUGGUCCCCAAGGCUCAAAAGGCGAUCAAGGCCAGACUUUUAAAGUUUCUGGUAACCCAGGACCCAAGGGAAAAACUGGAGAGUCUGGCCUUAAAGGACAAAAAGGAAAAGAUGGGCCAGCUGGUGACAUGGGUUUCCCAGGAAACAAAGGUGAAAAUGGAAAAACUGGCAUUGCUGGAGAUAUUGGCCUUCCUGGUUCCCCAGGACUUCCAGGGAUAGCAGGUGUGAGAGGAGACCCAGGACUUCCAGGUUUCUCAGGUCACCCAGGGGUAGCUGGGCCCCUGGGAUCUUCUGGCUUAGUAGGACCCAAAGGCUCUCCUGGACUUCCUGGUUUACAUGGACUGAAUGGACUUCCAGGCACCAAGGGUACCCAUGGAACUCCAGGACCCAGUAUAACCGGCGUGCCUGGGCCUGCUGGCCUGCCUGGAGCCAAAGGGGAAAAGGGCACACCAGGGAUUGGCAUCGGAGCCCCAGGGAAGCCAGGUAUAAGAGGACAAAAAGGCGGCCAAGGUUUCCCAGGUCUCCAAGGUCCUGCUGGUCUCCCUGGUGCCCCAGGCAUCUCCUUGCCCUCACUCAUAGCAGGACAGCCUGGUGAUCCCGGGCGACCAGGCCUGGAUGGAGAACGAGGCCGCCCAGGCCCCCAGGGACCCCCAGGGCCUCCUGGGCCAUCCGCGGAUCAAGGCGACUCUGGAGACCCAGGUUUCCCUGGAAUCCCUGGGCCUCGGGGUCCCAAGGGAGACCUAGGAAUUCCAGGCUUCUCUGGCCUCCCUGGAGAGCUCGGACUGAAAGGCAUGAGAGGGGAGCCUGGCUUCAUGGGAAUCCCAGGCAAGGUUGGGCCACCUGGAGAUCCAGGCUUUCCCGGCAUGAAGGGGAAGGCAGGGUCAAGAGGCUUCCCCGGCCCCCAAGGUGCUCCUGGACAAACGCCCAUUGCAGAAGCCAUCCAGGUUCCUCCGGGCCCCUUGGGUCUACCAGGCAUUGAUGGCAUCCCUGGCCUCACCGGGGACCCUGGGACUCCAGGCCCUGUCGGCCUACAAGGCUCUAAAGGUUUGCCCGGCAUCCCUGGCAAGGAUGGCUCCAGUGGCCUUCCUGGCCCACCUGGGGCUCUUGGUGAUCCUGGUCUGCCUGGACUGCAAGGCCCCCCAGGAUUUGAAGGAGCUCCGGGGAAGCAAGGCCCCUUCGGGAGGCCUGGCAUGCCUGGUCUGAGCCUGAGAGUGGGCUACACAUUGGUGAAGCACAGCCAGUCGGAACAAGUGCCCCAGUGCCCCAUCGGGAUGAGCCAGCUCUGGGUGGGUUACAGCUUGCUGUUCGUGGAAGGACAGGAGAAAGCCCACAACCAGGACCUGGGCUUCGCGGGCUCCUGCCUGCCCCGCUUCAGCACCAUGCCCUUCAUCUACUGCAACAUCAACGAAGUGUGCCACUACGCCAAGCGCAACGACAAGUCCUACUGGCUCUCCACCACCGCCCCCAUCCCCAUGAUGCCCGUCGGCCAGGCCCAGAUCCCGCAGUACAUCAGCCGCUGCUCCGUGUGUGAGGCGCCCUCGCAAGCCAUUGCUGUGCACAGCCAGGACACCACCAUCCCGCAGUGCCCCCUGGGCUGGCGCAGCCUCUGGAUCGGCUAUUCCUUUCUCAUGCACACGGCCGCCGGCGCCGAGGGCGGAGGCCAGUCCCUGGUCUCCCCUGGAUCCUGCCUCGAGGACUUCCGGGCCACUCCUUUCAUCGAGUGCAGCGGGGCGCGAGGCACCUGCCACUACUUUGCCAACAAGUACAGCUUCUGGCUGACCACGGUGGAGGAGAGGCAGCAGUUCAGGGAGGAGCCAGUGUCUGAAACGCUGAAAGCCGGGCAGCUGCACAGCCGAGUCAGCCGCUGCCAGGUGUGUAUGAAAAGCUUGUAGGGUGGCACCUGCCACUCUGCCCCUUGCCCUCCCCUCCCCGUCACAACAGUCACCUCACAAACCUGGCCAGACUGAAGAAGGACGGCCUGGGCCCUUUUGCCAAUCUGUCCAGUUGUCUGCUGGAGUCUCAUUUGGGCUGGACGACUGGACGUUCCUAUCACCCCAACCCUCACGCCCGAUAGAUGAGUCCACUCUGGAUCUGCUGGCCCGUUUCAGUCACCCUGGUGCUACCGUUGGAUUUGCAUGUUUGCAUGACUUUUCAUGGCUACCUCGGAAAGAUUUGCUGGGCCGCCACCUCCUUAGACUGCUGGCUUUCCUCGCUGUCUUGAUCAGAAAGCUCUUCACCAUCACUACUGUCAUUUCUUUAUGUCCAGAGGUCACUACACAUGACUCGGCUUAAACCAGAGCCCAGUGUUUCCAGGUUUAAAAAAGAAAUCUCUGGCUGGACAUUUCUGGAUGGCUCCGGUCUGCCUAGUACAAGCCCUCACUAUUGAGAGGCCCACAAAUGGAACAGGGUGCCAGCCAGGGGCCUAGGUGUGAACUCUGACUCCUUCAGAGUGAGCUAGCCUGGGCCUCCUAUGGCAUAGGAAGUCCUGAAGGCCAGCGGCAGAAAGGGGCUCACUAACCUCAUAAGGUCCUAGACUUCCUCCUGGCUGGCUCUCUCCUCAGCCAGAGACAGAGAACUUGGCCAGGUCUAAAGUAGAGCAUUGGAUGCAACCAACAUGGCCAAGCCCAUAAAAGCACUCAAGAAUCACGGCCCUUUUUCCUGAGCCGAGGGUAGAAAGGUGCAUGGCUAAGGAGGUGUAAAUUUUGCUUUCGACUCCAGGAACAAAAAGGUAAAGCUCCAUUUCUCAGAAGUCCUUGUUUACUCCAAAUGUCAUCCAGAUGUGUGCCAUGUGGCAAAUUCAAACUCCAGUGUGUUAGUUCCUUUGCAUUCUGAGGCUGUUACAGAGACGUGCCAGAAAAAAAAAUGGGCAUCCAACUGUUCUUUCACAGGUAGCCUAUUAAACGAUUUCAAUGUGUUUUUAUAAACCUAAUAAAAAUUAAGCACACUCCUCUCAUUAGCAGUUAGCAGACCUAGAGCAAGCCCAAGUUGGCUAUAAAGUGUUUUGUAUUCUGUUUGGGGGGAUUUAUUUUCGCCAUUUUCUGUCAUUGCCAGUUUCCCAGAAUCCUCUUAGCUCUGUUGACAUGAGGCAAUUCCUUUCAGGGGAUUCUGUUUCCUUAAGUAUUAUGUCCACUGUGCCAAUACAGACAACGCAUAAUCAGUGUCAUCUGAAUAAUUGCUACCUUCACCUCCUGAGUAAUAAGCAUGGCGUCGGCUUUGUAUAUAGCCAAUAAAAUGAAUGAAAUCUGAA